UGAACUUCUGCACAUAUUCUUCCCACACCACAUUGAUAAUUUUAAGUCCCGAAACAAGCCAUAUUUAUGGAGAAGCACCAAUAUGGCUUGAAUCUGCUAAUGAUGACAGUGCAAUCAUAACCAUUUUUGGCAAAAGUGGCGAACAUGCUGGUAGGAGUGCAAGUGGAUUUGGUGCAGAACAAGUUAUUUUGGUGCCUGAUGAUUUGGUGAGGAAGGAAAUUACUGAGCAUAUUGGAAAACAAGCGCUUAUUCUGACUAUAGCAGAAUGCAAGGGCUUAGAAUUUCAGGAUGUCUUGCUUUACAACUUUUUUGGAACAUCACCGUUAAAGUGUCAAUUGAGAGUUGUUUAUGGGUAUAUGAAGGAACAAAAUCUUCUCGACUCCAAUGAUAUGAAAUUUCCAAAAUUUAGCAAGGUUAAACACCAGAUUCUCUGCUCUGAACUGAAGCAAUUAUAUGUUGCUAUCACCCGUACUAGGCAGAGACUAUGGAUCUGUGAGAAUAUCGAUGAUCUUUCUAAGCCUAUGUUUGAUUACUGGAAGAAGUUAUGUCUCGUUCAAGUGAGAGAACUCGAUGAAUCACUUGUACAGGCAAUGCAGGCUACUAGCAGCAAAGAGGAAUGGAGUUCACGCGGUAUCAAGUUACUGGAUGAAGGUAAUUUUGAGAUGGCGAGAAUGUGCUUUGAAAGGGCUGGCGAUUCAUUUUUGGAGAAACUCGCUAAGGCAUCUGGUCUUAGAGCUGCUGGUGUUCACAUGCUUGGCUCUAAUACUGAAUUAGCUCGCGUUGCUCUUGUAGAGGCAGCUGAGAUUCAUGAAUCAAUUGGCAAGGCUGAUUUUGCUGCUAAAUGUUUCAUGGAGUUGAAGGAUUUUAAAAGAGCAGGCAUUAUUUAUUUGAAAAACUGUGGGGAAUCUAGGCUAGAAGAUGCGGGUGACUGUUUCAGUCUUGCUGGAUGUUGGUCUACUGCAGCUGAUGCGUAUUCUAGGUGUAACUGCUUUUCCAAGUGCUUGCAAGUUUGUACAAAUGGCAGUCUUUUUGAAACCGGUCUUCAAUUCAUAGAAGUUUGGAAAGAAAGUGCAAAGCUAAACCCUGAUACAGCCAAAAGUCAAGAUCUCAUAGAUAUUGAACAAAGUUUUCUCAAGAGAUGUGCCCUUCACUAUCAUUAACAGAAUGAUAGUACUAAUAUGAUGAAGUUUAUCAAAGCCAUCAACUCGUUGGACAUGAUAAGAACAUUUUUAAGGUCUCAUGAUUAUCUUGAUGAGCUCGUCCUCUUUGAAGCUGGGUCUGAGAAUUUUAUGGAAGCUGCCACUGUUGCGAGAUUGAAAGGGGAUCGCCUUCUUGAGGCAGAUAUGUUAGAACAGGCAGGGGGCUUAGUAGAUGCUGCAGAGGUAAUUCUGUUUUAUGUUCUUGACAAUUCUGUUUGGUCAAAUGGUAACAAAGGUUGGCCCUUGAAAAAAUUUCCGAACAAAGAAAAACUUUUGGCAAAAGUUAGAUUGAUGGCAAAAAGCAAAGAUGAUUUUUUUAAUGAUUUCGUUAGUACAGAGGCAAGCAUAUUAUCAGACACCAGUAGUAGAUUGUCGGAGAUGAAUGACUGUUUUCUUGCCUCACAAAGACUUAAGAGUCUGCGUGGUGAAAUUGUUUCUUUGAGGAAAAUCAUUGAUUACCAUCUAGAGUUAGCACCUUCAGAGUAUGUUUGGGUAGAUGAUGUUGUGUUGAACACAAUAGAGCAUGUAGAGAAUUCAGUAUCCAAGAACAGGGUCUCCGUUGAAACAUUGACUUACUUUUGGAAUUUAUGGAAGGAAAAGAUAGUAAACAUAUUGAAAUAUCUCAAUUCUCUUGGAACUCUAGAUAAACAAGACUACAGAAGCUAUGAAAUAUUCUGUUUGGGUUAUUUAGGUGUGUAUAAGCAGGAGCAUAAUCAAAGUUCCAUCCUGUUGGAGAAAAGAAAUUGAGGAUCGUUUUCUUCGAAAGACUAGAAACUUACUUGGCUUGGAUGAUCACCAAUUUGCUUCUUCUGCUCGGAGCUAUUGGUUUUCUACACUACUUAGUCUCUGUAUGCAAGUAUUGGAGAAGCUGGAAAGCCUCGGUAAAAUUUCAGGUAUCUUUAAAAUUGGGAAUGAGUCUUACAUGCACUAUAAUGGUCCCUUCCGACAAGGACUAACCGCGCUUAACAGUUAUCAAGUUGCAAAAUCGAUAAUAGAGAUUAAGAUACUGGACAAAAAGCUUCCUGGGGAACUGCUCAAGUGCUUCAAACAUUCCAAGGAGUAUUUUUAUGGGAUAUUUUGUCUGAGGGACCCGAAACAGAUGAUGUUCAAGCAUAUGAUGGAUCUUAGACUAACAAAGCUCUCUAAGGAUUUGAUUGGAGAAAUUACCAUAGAGAUCAUAAGCACAAAAGGCAGGUUAAGGUAUGUGGAAAUGUGGAGUGUGGUCUUGCAGAUUUUUACCUUUGGUAAUCUAAGCGAAGAAAUAUAUCAAGUUAUAAUACAACGUCCGGAUCUGUCUCCAGCCUAUAAAGUUUUCAUUAAGCAGUUGAAAGAGAGCAAAAUAUCAGGAUUGGUCUCGGUUUCUCUGGUCAGCAAUUUUGAAAAUCAUUACAAGAAACAUUCAACCACGACUGGAUGAAGGACUUCGAUUUCAUGCCACCUUCCUGGUUUGUUUAUUUUCUUGAACGUCUUCUUUUCUUGGUUUCAUCUUGGCAUGGUUCUUUUUUCACAGUAAAGUCUUCUGUCCGUGAAACAAUCCCCUGGGGGAAUCUAAGAUGCAACUCGAGUUCUUUAUCAGUAGCUGACUCAAAAGUUUUCUCGAGGAGGUCUUUCGAUUUUAUAGCAUCCAAGAUCAAAGAAAUUUUAUCGAGUAAGCUAGAAUGGCUUUGGGAACGUGAUUUAGACAGAGUGGCUUACUAUCCUUUUCUGGUCUUGAAGUUGGUUAUAUUGGUUACUUUAAUUUGUUUGAAUUCUGGACGUCACUUUGAUUUGCUGUACAGUCUACUUCGUAGAUACGAUAUCAUAACCGUACUGCCGCCUGUGUUUGUUAAGAUCCUCAAGAAAAGAGGCACAGGGCAAUUUGGUAAGUUGCUUGCUGAAUCCUUUGAAACAAUUGGGGAUCCUUUGGUCUGUUUGAGGUCUGGAGAUAUUCAGAGAGAAUAUAUGAGUCCCGAUGUGUUAGAGAUAGAUGUGGAUUUGAUUCACUCCCGAGAAGACAUUUUCGGAAUACUAUACCCAGGAAACUCAAAAUGUGACGCAAAUGAUGAAAUGGAGUAUGGAAGUGAUGGAGAUGUUUGCUUCUCCAAUUUUGAUCAUAUGAGUUAUACCGAAUUUCUAACCGAGUCUGAUGAUGUUAUUCCUGGUUACGAUAUAGACAUGGCAGAAUUGAGAACAGAUAUCAAAAAAUUCGACACCGGGAGUUUCGUGCAGUUAUUCACGAAUACAUCUCAUGUUUAUAUGUUCUUGAAAGGCAUUUUUGAGGACAUCAGCUUUCAUAAUUGCAAACCACAGAUGAAGUUGGAUAUUUGCAUUUGUUUUCUGCAAAGUACCAAUCCGCUUUGGAAAGAUGAACGGUGGAUGAGGGAAAUAAAACAGCUCUCUUUUGCAUUAAGCACCAGUGAUGAGGAUCCUGAUACUCAGUACUCACGGAUUGGCGACUGCUUAAAGAAGUGGACUGCAAGGAUUCCAGAACUGAAAAUGUUAUUCAUCACUGGUCUAUUUGGAAUUAUUAUUAAAAAUACUUCUUACAGCAAGAAAAUCAAGAGGGAAGAAAUGCAAAAGUCGAAAAAGCAGGCUGGAAAGAAUAAAGGCAAGAAGAAGUAGUAGUAUUUUGUUCGGCGGGAGUUGCAACAUCCUCGUGAAUGAUAGCAUCCUUUCUUUGGGUAUAUGUCGAUUUCAACUUCUUAUUUUUUUUGAACUUUUUCAGCAGCUAAAUGUAAAACAAUAUUGAGACAUUUUUCUGGUAGAUUUAAAUUUAGUUUUCUGAUGAAUUUAGGAAUCAUGAGUAUACCAGAGUCUCGAAUGUACCCAGAUAAACAAUGGUUUUCUGUUCCUUUGGAAUACUAUUCAUGCACCCCACUUUUCUUAUUAAA